GAUCACGUUCACGAGGGUCCACUAAGAAAUUUCCCAGUUCCUUCUGCAUCUUUCUCUGAUCGCUGAAGAAAUCAACCGAUCAAAGUUUCUCAAAUCUCUUCAAAUCGGCGGUGAAAGUUUUGAAAAACUAAAAUGUCGUCCACAUUCAGCGGCGAUGAAACUGCUCCUUUCUUUGGCUUCCUUGGAGCCGCUGCUGCCCUCGUUUUCUCCUGUAUGGGAGCUGCAUACGGGACGGCCAAGAGCGGUGUCGGCGUGGCGUCGAUGGGGGUCAUGAGGCCAGAGCUGGUAAUGAAAUCGAUCGUCCCCGUUGUCAUGGCUGGAGUUUUAGGUAUUUAUGGGUUGAUUAUUGCGGUUAUUAUAAGCACUGGGAUUAACCCAAAGGCCAAAUCUUACUAUCUUUUCGAUGGCUAUGCUCAUCUUUCCUCUGGUCUCGCUUGUGGCCUCGCUGGUCUCUCUGCUGGCAUGGCUAUUGGAAUCGUCGGUGAUGCUGGCGUUAGGAUUCAGAUUUCAUCCUCUGUUCUUUUGCUGUGUAGAUUUUUCAACAAUUAUAUUUGUAAAAGCUUUGAACUUGAGGCAUAGUUUAAUCUGUGAUUUCAGAAAUUUUAGAGAACAUUUAGUUUUAGAAUUUGCUGCAAUUGAUGGAAGUACUUUAAUAUUCAUGUCAUAGUAACUGAGAGCAUAUGGUUGACAUUUCACUUAGAAAUUCUGAUGAAGCUAUAGUGGCAAAUUGUUCUACUUGAGCGAAUUUGAGCCUAGAUUAGUUGGAAUUUUACUUAUCAUACAAAAUGUAGUUUGUUUUGAUUUAAUUAAGGUAUUUAGAAGUUAUAGAGAUCAAAGCAUUGAGAAAGAGAAAAAAAAUAACUUUUAAAGGUCUUGAGGAGAGGUUUGUAAUUGUUGCCAAUGAAUACAGACUUGUGGCAUUUCUAUGCAUUGCAUUCAAUCUAUUGCAGAUAAUCAUUGUUGUUUUCUCUUGAUUACGUUCUUGUAUAUUUAAGUGCAUCAUUUUAAUUGCAAAAGUUAUUUGCUUUAUCUUUGGUGUCUAGAUUAUUGCAAGUGCGAGAAUGUAUGUAGUUUGAUUU